AUGACCAACACCCCCACCGUCGUAAUCGUGCCGGGAGCAUGGCACUGCCCGAAACAUUACAAACAUCUCAUCAACGGACUGACAAAGCUCAACUACGAAGCGAUCGCAGUGACAUUACCCUCUGUGAAUUCAAACCCGCUCCAUACCACCUGGGAGCAAGAUGCCCGAGCAGUCCAUGUCAUUGCAAUCGCUCACUCGUUCGGCGGUAUUCCCAUGUCCGAGGGCGUGAAGGGCUUGGGGAAGGAAGUGCGCGAGAAACAAGGCCUCAAGGGCGGUGUCGUGAGACUAAUGUACAUGUGUGCCAUGGCGCUGCCCGAGGGUCAGACUCAUGUUGGUCAGGUGCAGCCCCAGACGCCUGAGGAAGAGGAGCUGGAGCGGCAACGUCAGGAACUAGCGGCAAAAUAUGGGGGCAUGAAGUUUACGGAGGACGGAGCUAUGUUACUCGAUGGGGAUGUCGUCCGGGAUGUCUUCUACCAUGACUGCGAUCCGAAGGAUGUGGAUGAGGCUGUGGAGCUGCUGGGCACGUUCCCGCCUAACCCUCUCUCCGUGCCAGCUACAUAUGCGGCUUAUCGUGAGAUUCCGAGUACGUAUAUCGUCUGUGAGAAUGACAGGGCUUUGGCACUGUCUUAUCAAGAAAGGAUGAUUGCGCAGGGUGAGGGUGCUUUUCAGGUCGAGAGGUAUAACACGGCAGCUCCCAACGCACUCACAGAUUCUGCAAGAACAGCCGAAUCUGAGAAUGGGACUUUUACUUCUCUUCUGCUACGUCGUCCAGACUUGGUAGAAAAUCCUGCCUUAAAUAAUAUCCAAAACAUUAUUGGCAGCUCGCCUAGCAGUCCGAUCUAUCUGCUUAACUCGAAAUUGAAUGCGACAAUUCUUGAUGGGUGCCUCGCCCGUAUCUAUAACACUAUUGUAACAAGCUGCACAUCUAGGUAUAUAGACUAUGACUGCAAUCUUUAUGCGACGAAACGUCGCUACGAACUGGAGAAUGAUGAAUGUGGCAGUCCACAGGAACAACUAUCCGCGAAUUCAAGCCUUGUUUCAAAUGACAACUUACCCAAGACCCCUAGCUCAAUAUCGCAGUCAGCUACAUCAUUUUCAACUCCUAGUCACUUACCUGGACAGCUACCUCCUAUAACACAGGAUUUUAACCAAAGGAUGACAGUAUUAGGAGCUGUCCGCUUCCUCGACCAUCUCAGCGAUCUUUAUGGCAACAGGCUGACUGGCCCUGCUCGGAGAAAGUCGGAUGCUGUUUUGAAAGCAGUUCUUAGAGCAUUCUCAUUACAGUGGAUAUCUCCUACUGGCCCUUCAUCCGAUACUCGAUUGGCCAACAACGAUAGCAGCCUGUACACAACAUGCGAUUCAUCUGUGAAUGCUUUCUAUGAUAGCUGGUUUCGGGCGCGGACUCUGAUCCGUGACUCAUUGUCCGUUCGAUCAUUUAGGGUAGCUUGUGCGAUUUUAAUGUUUGAUGGGAUUUCUAUUCCAACACAAGCUCGAGAUAAAUCUGUCAUCGCACAUGAAUUCAUAGAGGCGGGCUUACAGAAACUCGACUGCUUGACCGGCCUCGUUGAGCAAUACUGUGCUAAUUUGGGUCCGCAUUCUAUGUAUGGCGCUAUCGCAGAGGCCAGUCUGAGUAUUAUCCGUUGGUGUGGGCACAUUCGUGAUAUAGGGGCAGCACUCACAGGGGAGCACGUAUGUAGGAUUCCUGAUUCCUCAGGCCAUGUGAAAGGGGACGGAUCAUCUUCUGGGAAUGAGCCUGCCCUAACCUGGUCGCAUAAUGAGGACGUCAACCCAGACUUUGAUGAUAGUGUUCCAGGAAUCUGUCGAGCAACUGUUGCAGAGGCCUUCCGGGUCUGGAGACAUAUAGUUGCAUUGAAAGCCUCCGUUUCUACCGCGGAUAAGGAUGACUUUGAAUUAUGUCCAAACGUAUCUGCAGCUAUUGCCUCAACCGUUACAGCGGUAGGGAAGUUCAACCAGCGAUUUCGCCCUUUCCUAAAUCACUGUGUGGAAAAUAUCAAACACCUCUCUAUACGCUCACGGUUAUCUUCAGUAUCAAUUACAAUGUUCUGGAAUCUCGGCAUCUUCGUUCUAUCCCAGACUCUGAAGCCCAUCAUAACUGGACUCAGUCCUAUUUGCAGCCACGAUCAAAUCUCCACUCUACAAGCAUACAACACGGAAGCUACAUACUCAGUAGCACAAACAGUCGAACGCGUUCUUUCGCUACCACUUGAGGAGAUCUUCAAUCUCCAUAACGGUGUGAGUGCCGAGUCAUCGAUACUCUCAUAUCACAUUACUCCCAGCCUGAUGACAACAACCCUUAAAAAGGCCAUUGAGAAUAUCCUCGAUACGCAGUUCUAUCCACUGUGCAGCCUGGACCCAACGGGAUACGGAUUUCGAAUACCCGACCCUGACGCAGCCUGGAAACAGCAAAUCGACAUCAUCAUGAAAGGUCUUGUCUCACUGGAAGUUACUAUUGGCGGAUUGCAGGAUGCGAGCGUCGCGAUCCAGGAGUUGAUGCGGAACCAUGGGGACGUUAUAUCGGAGUGUUGGUCAAGCGAUUUCGAGACGUAA